CGUGACGUCACCGGCCGUCGGCGAGAGAGCAAUGGCGAUGCUGGACAAAAACAGGAGAGCCCGUCCGUGCUGUGUGGCGGGGAGCCCUCCUUCGACGCAUAUGUGAAGGAUUUUUCUCUUUCUGCUGACAAUGACAGUUCAGUGACACUCAAUCUAGCCUGGUGUGACCGGACGUGUGAUCGGACAGGAUGGCCUCUCAGGAGCCGUCGCCUCCGUCGUCCAUGGAGAGCAACAAGCCGGGCUUCCCCAAGAAGAUCCUGGGCAACAAGCUGGAGGACAAGCACCUGUGCAACUGCUGCCACAACAUACUCCGACGGCCCGUUCAGGCGCAAUGCGGCCACCGCUUCUGCGCGUACUGCUUCAACCUGGCCGUCAGUAACGGACCGCACAAGUGCAACGCUUGCAUCAAGGAGGACAUUUUCGAAGAACCGACGUCGAUCUUGAAACAGGGAUGUGCUUUUCCCGACAACGCAGUUCGCAGGGAAGUGGAAAACCUCUCUGCGGUUUGCUUUAACGAAAGUUGCACCUGGAGAGGAACCAUCAAGGACUAUGAGGUGAACCACGAGGGCAAAUGUGAGUUCAUGAUCAUCCCAUGCCCGUCCUGCAAGGAGCGAAUUCGUUUCAGCGAGCAGGAACGCCACAGUGAGCGUGAGUGCCCGGAGAGAACGCUCAACUGCAAGUACUGCAAGGAGCCCUUUCACUUCAAAAACAUCAAGGCGCAUGAUGAGAUCUGUCCAAAGUACCCGAUGAUCUGCGAGGGUUGCGCCAAAAAGAAAAUUCCCAGGGAAAAGUAUGUGGACCACAUUAAGUUCUGCAGCAAAUUCAGAACGCCGUGUCGCUUUCACGUGGUCGGUUGCGACAUGUCUGUGGAAAAAGAGAAGACCCACGACCACGAGCGUGCUUUUGCCUACGAGCACCUGAACCUGCUGCUGCACUACAUCAUGGGCAUGAAGGUGAGCAUGGAGGGGCUGCAGCCGCAGGGUCUGGAGGUGGCGGGACACAAACUGGUGGAACUGCAGCAGUCCCUCAGGGAGCUGGAGGCCCGGGUCUCCCUGCUCAGCAACACCUCCUCCGGGCCUCCCGUGCAGGGAGCCGCCGCCUCCUCCUCCUCUUCCGGUUCGGGCUCGUGCACCUCGGCCCCUCUGCCCCCGCCUCCCACUCUGGCGCCCACCCUCUCUGUGUCUACCUCCUUCACGCCGCUGCCCAGCUCGGUGGGUGCGGCACUGGAGCUGCAGCUCCACAGCGAGAAGACGAAGGUGGCCGAGCUGGGCCGCCGAUGCACGGAGCUGGAGGUGAAGUCGGGCACCUUUGAAAACGUGGUGUGCGUCCUGAACAGAGAGGUGGAGCGUUUCGCCACCACUAUGGAGGCCAGCAAUCGCCAACACAAGCUGGACCAGGACAAGAUCGAGGCUCUGAGUAACAAGGUGCGGCAGCUGGAGAGGACGGUGGGGCUGAAGGACCUGACGGUGGCAGAGAUGGAGGGUCGGCUCAGGGAAAUGUCAGCCACGACCUUUGACGGCGUCUUUGUGUGGAGAAUCUCAGAUUUUGCCAAAAAGAGACAGGACGCCAUUGCAGGUCGAGCCCCAGCUAUGUUCUCACCAGCCUUCUACACCAGCAAGUACGGCUACAAGAUGUGUCUACGCAUCUAUCUGAACGGAGAUGGGACGGGCCGAGGCAGCCACCUGUCCUUGUUCUUUGUGGUCAUGAGAGGACUCAGCGACGCUCUGCUCAAAUGGCCGUUCAACCAAAAGGUGACGCUGAUGCUGCUGGACCAGAGCAACCGUGAGCACAUCAUCGACGCCUUUCGCCCGGAUGUGACCUCCUCCUCCUUCCAGCGGCCCGUGAGUGAGAUGAACAUUGCCAGCGGCUGCCCGCUCUUCUGCCCUCUCUCCAAACUGGACGCCAAAAACUCCUACAUUCGCGACGACACCAUCUUCAUUAAGGCCAUCGUGGACCUCACGGGCCUCUAGAGGGGUCCCUGAAG